GGCAUAUCGCAAUUCCCUUACCUCGGGAAAAUCGCCGCUAGGGCUGCCUCGGAGUGGUUUCUCAGAGUCUCUCUGCCUUUCUCGAACCCGACGUGUCUCGAGUUAGUGUCUACGACCAAACGGAACUAUGCAAAUAGCGUCGGGAGCUGUCUCGGGGUCCCUUGUGCUUCCGACGAGGCGGUUAAAGAGCAACGCACUGCCUUUCGCGCACCGGCGUUGUUGCGUGGCGCACGCUGGCCGUGAUAAGCGUGAUGGCAGGUCGGGCCCAGGCUAUGGAGUCGCUCCCCCGUCGCAGUGGGUGUUGCCAAAGGUGCUCUAUAGCGAGCCCCGGCCGUCCUCUCAGGGCGAGCACCACGUGUUGCCGGCCCAGGAGGUCGCACCUUCCUCCAGCUCCUCCGCCCAUUCCUCUGAGUCGUCCACAAACCCGCCGCUGACCGUGUACACGGUGCGUUUCACCACCGGCACCAGCCGCGGCGCGGCGCUGUCGGACCCCUACUCGGCGGUCAACGUCUGCCUGAUUGGAGUCAACGGCCGUGCCGCGAUACAGCGUGUCUCGCCCGUCAACGACCCCGUGGAGUCCCGCGCGCACACCGCCGAGAUGUGCCAGCUGAUCGACUCGGAGGUGGGCGCCGACUGCAGCGCCUUUGUGCCGCCGUCGCCGCCGGCCGCCAAUGGCUCCUCCUCGUCAGCACCUUCAACAGCAACGCCGCCGCCGUCGUCCUCCCAGUCGGCGCCGCUGGUGGGGCGCCCGCCGCCGCCGGCCCCGCCCAAGCGGCGCUUCCAGGAGGGCAUGGUGGACGAGGUCAGCUUCCUGGUUCCGGAGCUGGGUCCUCUGGCGGGCGUGCUGGUGGGGUUGGAGGCCGGCACCUGGUACCUGGACGAGAUGGACGUCAGCAGCAGCCGCACAGGGCACAUGGACAGAUUCGUUUGCCGUCGGCCCCUGGGUGGCAAGGUGGGCGAGGGCGCGGCGCUGCUGACGCCUGUGCCUGUGGGCGCGGUGGUGUAUGGCGAGGGAGAGCAGGCGGUGGUGCUGACCAAGGACCAGGCGGCGGCGCUGUGGUCGCUCAACAUGAACGACUACACAGACCUCAAGAAGCGGCUGGCCGCCACCACGGCGCUACUGGUGGCCAGUGGCGCCUCGCUGGCGGCUCUGACCGGCGGCACGGCGGCGGCGCUGCCGUACGCGGCGGGCGGCAUCGUGGGCCUGGUGUACCAGUGGCUGCUGAUGCGUGGCGUGGACCACGUGAUGGUGGCGGCCAGCGGCAGUAGCAGGCAGGCGGCGGCGCUGAGGGGCGAGGCCGGCAGUAGCAGCAGCAGCAACAACCGCAGCGGCUCUGGCACUAACGUGCGUCACGGCGUCUAUGGCAGCGGCACCAGCAGCGUAAAUGGUAGCAGCGGCGCCAAGCAGGGGCAGCAGUCAGUGAGCCAGCAGUCGCAGGAGGGGUAUGAGUCGGGGGCGGAUGAGACGACGUCGUCGGGUGUGGUGGCGCGCGUGUUCGGCUCGACGCCGCUGCGGCUGGGCUUUGUGUGCGCCAGCGCGGCGCUGGGGCUGGCGCUGCUGGGGCAGGAAGAGGCGGCUGCCGGCGCCGCCGCCACCGGCCCCACCGCGGCCUGGCAGUUGUUCCUGGCGGCACUGGGCUUCCUAACCUACAAGGUUGCGCUGGUGGGGGUGUCGAUUGGCGAGAGCGCCGCCAGCACCGCCGCCGCCGCCGCCAAGGGCGUCACGCAGCGCAGCGGCGCCAGCAGCGGAGCCAACAAGACCGAGUUUGAGAAGUACAAGCGCGAUUGAACGUGACGCAGGGCUGGUGUCGCUUAGAUGUCGCCGGCGGUUGCGUGGCUUGCUGGAGCACACACGGAUUGUGGAUAUGGAGCCUUCAAAAGAAGGACGGUGUGGGGCACAGUUACACCAUUAAUCGGGCAGCACAUGUGUGGGUGCUGUUGUGUGGCCGAUGAGGAGGGCGCGAAGGCAGCUCGUGUUCUUGCGCGGCGGCUCAGUGAUUACGUGGGGCGCUAACAGCAAGGCAACCCCGCACGCGUGUUAAGUCCGGUCAGACCUAGCAUAAGCGCGUGUGUGCGUGGCAAGUAAACCCGUGCUUACAACUGAUUUCGGGAGGCUUGAUGUUUCGUCGUUUUUCGGUCGCUUUGGUUGUCUUCGGUUUUGUCUUGUGUCUUUGCUGCUGUCAGCGGGUGCAGGCUGAGUGUUGAUUUCUUGGAUUUUAUGCGCAAGAGGUGGAGCGCGUAGCGGCAAGCUCGGCAUGGGCCCCGGCGUUGUACACAUUAGGCAGCAGAUGGGCACGAUAGUUGGUGUGCCCAGCGUACAUGGCGAAAUUUGAUGAUAAGUAUGCAGUCAGCUGCAGGCAGGCGGGUGCUUGACAUGAUUACCAGGGGAAUCCCGUUUUGGCCCCACGGUAUGACAGCUCCAAAGGAAGGGAAAGAGAGGGGAUAGGAAUGCGACGAUGGUGCUGCUUGCAGCUUGAAGCCAGAAGAAUGCUCGGCUGUGGGAUCCUCACGUGGUCGCACGAGGCCAUGGUGCAAUGCUUGAAGGCACUCCUGCGUAGGCGCUCCAACCUUGCAACCACUGCCCGCCGUGUACUCUACCCUUGGGGCUGGUGAGCACCCGGGGUCUUUUAUGCUGGUCCAGGAAAGGGCCUUACUGCAAGCCACUCCCCGCCGCUCCUUGCGUGUAAUCCCAGCUUUUC